UCUUCGGGUCGUAGCGAUUGAGGUGUUGGUCACCCGGGAGCGAAAUAAAAAUGGGUGAUGUUGAGAAAGGCAAGAAGAUUUUUGUUCAGAAGUGUGCCCAGUGCCACACUGUGGAGAAGGGAGGAAAGCAUAAGACUGGACCAAACCUCCAUGGUCUGUUUGGGAGGAAGACUGGUCAGGCUGCUGGAUUCUCGUACACAGAUGCCAACAAGAACAAAGGCAUCACCUGGGGAGAGAAUACCCUGAUGGAGUAUUUGGAGAAUCCCAAAAAGUACAUCCCUGGAACAAAAAUGAUCUUCGCUGGAAUUAAGAAGAAGGGAGAAAGGGCAGACCUAAUAGCUUAUCUUAAAAAGGCUACUAAUGAGUAAUUCCACUGCCUUAUUUAUUACAAAACAAAUGUCUCAUGGC